UUCACUUCACAAAACCUUUAGCCUUCAAAACUUCAAAUUUCCUCUUCACUAAAAGUUAUAUACAUAUCUUGGCAUUUGUCCAAACUAUACACAUUUCUUGAACUCAUUUAAAACAUGGAUAUGGUGAUGAAGUUGGGAUCAUCAAGCGCGGUGGUAAUUUUCACCAAGAGUAGUUGUUGCAUUUCUCACAGCAUUGAAACCCUAAUCCGUAGUUUUGGAGCAAACCCUAUAGUUUACGAGCUCGAUACACAUCCAAAUGGGAAGCAAAUGGAGAGGGCACUAAUGGAACUAGGGUGUGAACCAAGUGUUCCAGCAAUAUUUAUAGGGAAAGAGUUAGUUGGUGGUGCUAAUGAGAUAAUGAGCCUUAAUCUGAGGGGAAAGCUCAAACAAUUGCUCAUUAGGGCUAAAGCAAUUUGGGUAUAGAAAUUAAUUAAUAAUGACUUGGUAUAGCAAAUAUAGGAGUUUUGACAAUAAAUCAACCCUAUUUGUAGAGGUUCUUUUUAGCUUUUUAGCAAAGGUUGUGUUUUUCUCCCAUUUUUAUUUGCUUCUUAAUGUACUAAAGAGAGUUAUACUUUGGUCAUAGCUAGUGGCUGUUUUACUUGUUUACAGCUGAUGGCAUGGAAAAAGUUCAUAACAAUGAUCAUGUCUUUAUGUAUUGAAUUUUAAUAAAGUAUCAAUAAUAUUUUAUACUACUUUAUGUGGUUA